AUGGCAACACGAUCAGCGAUCCAGCGCUCUGCUGUGACCCUCUCCUCAGCGGCCAGAACCCCAGCCCGCACUGCCACCUCAUCAACCGCAGCCUUCCACCGAUCUAUCUCCGCACCAACAAGAGGACUGGUCUCAAUUCCCAAUACCCAUCCCGCCAAUCGCCUGAAACCCUCACACACCCUCCGACCAGCAUACCUCAUCACCAAGAACCCCCACCAACAGACUCGCCAGAACACCAAUGGCACCAAGGGCAGUCUCCGGGAAUGGGGAUUCGAAGAAAUUAACGCCGCCCUCCCCUCCGCAACACCCUCACCAACCCACACGCCCGUUAUCCUCAUCGACGUCCGCGAGCCCGCCGAACUAACCGGCACGGGUAUCAUCCCCUCGGCGGUCUCGAUCCCGCUCGCAUCCCAGCCAGACGCAUUGUACCUGACGGCCGACGAGUUCGAGACCCGCUUCGGAUUCCCGAAGCCGGAGCUUGUCGAGGGCGCGCAGAUGGUCUUCUAUUGUAAGGCUGGUGUGCGGGCUUGGGCAGCGGCGCAGAUGGCUGUGCAGGCUGGGUAUGAUCCAGCUCGGAUUGGGGUUUAUGAUGGGAGUUGGUUGGAUUGGGAGAGGAAUGGGGGGAAGGUUGAGAAGUGGGAUGGGGAUGAUUAUUAG